UUCAAAGGGACAAAGGGUAAAAGAAAGUAUUUUAUUCCCCAGUUUUUAUAUUGUCUUCAAUCCUUGAAAGGAAAUGAAGGUUACCGCGUUCUCCUCUUCUGCUUUGAAAACAGCGGAAAAAGAACUGUACUUUGAUGAUUUUGUAAAACUACCAUGCGUCUUGGUGAGGACGAUUGGCUAUGAUUUUAUCGACAAACCCCGUCCAUUGUGGCUAAGGGCCUUGAUGCUGCUGUAUUUGGUUCUGUGUCUGAUAUUUUGUGCUUGGUUCACAUAUUUUGCAUGGGAUUUUAUGAUGGCCGAAAUAGCUGCGGGAGCCAAUGAUCUGGCACUGGUUUUACGUCUCAGCGUUGAUGUGAUUUACAAUGUUGCGGCCAUUGUAAAAAGUUUAUUUUUCUUUCGCAACUUGAAGUCUCUUAAAAGUUUGUUGCAAAGAUUUCGCGACAUUUUCCCGAUUUCUCGGGAAGAUCGUCUGGCAUAUCGCGUGAACGACUAUUAUUGGCCCAAAUGGAUAACGACGAUACUUUAUAUGCAAUUGUUUGCCCUUUCUAUAAUUCUGUUUUUGCCAUUUGUUGAAGCAGUCUAUGAAUACUUUGGAGCCCUACUAACGGUUGGUUAUGCCAAUGCCAAGUUUGGUUAUUAUCGAAUGUAUCCGGAGACAACCUAUGGCAUUAAUCAUUAUAACCCGCUGGGCUAUAUCAUCGUCUAUACGAUGGACAUUAUGAAUGGACAUUAUUGUACGGUUUGGAUGAUGGGUCCGGAUGUGUGGCUGGUGGCAUUUUCUAUACAACUUUGCAUGCAUUUCGAUUAUGUUUCCCGGACUUUGGAAAACUACAAACCGUCUAAGAAGAGAGCUGCACAGGAUUUGAGGGUCCUGGCAGAAUUGGUUAGAAAACAUCAGACAGUAUUGAAGUUAGCCGAUGACGUGCAGGAAAAUUUCAGUGUCCUGAUUUUGGUUAUGCUAUUUUCGACCGCGUCCAUUCUGUUCGGUGCUGCCGAAUUGGUUAUAACUCAAGGUAUAACAGCCCAUGUUCUAGGCUAUUUGGCAUUUGUCCCGACCGGUGUUGGGCAAUUCUAUAUGAUCUGCUAUUAUGGCCAAUUAAUUAUCAAUAAGAGUUUGCAGGUAAGUGAAGCGGCCUAUAAUCAAACCUGGUACAAUGGCUGUCAGAGUUAUAAAAAAUCCAUAUUAACCAUUAUGCGUCGGGCUCAAUGUCACAGUGAAAUUAAUGCUGGCGGUUUUCAAACAACCAAUUUAAUGGCCUUUGAGUCGGUUAUGCGCAUGACAUAUCAAUUGUUUGCAAUAUGGAGUACUAUGACGUCAUCAAAAUAGACAUUUUUACUACAAGCUAAAUACAUUUUAUUCUUGAGACACGAUAAUGUUUACCUUAUUAAAAAUCUUUAAAUUUUUAUUCACAUAAUUUGCCAUAUUAUUUGCACCUUAAUAUCAGAAAUAUAAAAAAAAAAAAAU